UUCACGAAAGGAACGCGUAUAUCAUAAAAAUUCGGUAAAAAGUGCUAAAAACCCCCAAAAAAUAGUCAAAAAUCAUCCAACGGCAACGCUAAAGUGCUCUUUCGCACAAUCCGUUGGAGAUUUGCAGCUCACAACCCUUUCGUGGAUGUAAAUUGCUGUUAUUCCCUUUGCCAUUAUCAUCCAUUUUUGUUCCGUACAGCGACGCGUUCCUCUACAGAGCUAUACGUGCGACGAGAGAAAGCCUAAAAAUAAGUCGCAAGGACAAGGUAUUGCGAAAAGAUGUCAACAAACGACUCAAAAGCGCCAUUACGGCUCGUAAAACGAGUUCAAUUCGGUAUUUUGUCGCCUGAUGAAAUCCGUCGAAUGAGUGUCACGGAAGGCGGAAUUCAGUAUCCGGAGACGAUGGAAGGCGGCAGGCCCAAAAUUGGAGGUCUUAUGGAUCCGCGGCAGGGAGUUAUCGAUCGGAAUAGUCGUUGUCAAACGUGCGCCGGUAAUAUGACAGAAUGUCCCGGGCAUUUUGGGCACAUUGAUCUCGUGAAGCCCGUUUUUCACAUCGGUUUCAUCACGAAAACGAUUAAAAUUUUGCGUUGCGUGUGUUAUUACUGCUCAAAAAUGCUCGUUUCGCCAUCGAAUCCGAAGAUCAAAGAGGUUGUCAUGAAAUCCAAGGGUCAACCACGCAAACGCCUGACUUAUGUGUACGACUUGUGCAAGGGCAAGAAGAUUUGCGAAGGCGGCGAAGACAUGGAUAUGACGAAAGAUGGGCAACCAGUGGAUGCCAAUAAGAAACCGGGUCACGGAGGAUGCGGGCAUUAUCAACCUUCGAUCAAACGAAGCGGUUUAGACUUGAUGGCUGAAUGGAAAAAUGUCAACGAGGACUCGCAAGAGAAGAAAAUCGUGAUAACAGCUCAACGUGUUUGGGAAAUUUUCAAAAAUAUCACCGAUGAGGAAUGUUACAUCAUGGGCAUGGAUCCGAAAUAUGCUCGUCCCGAUUGGAUGAUCAUCACAGUAAUGCCCGUGCCUCCGUUAUCUGUUCGUCCUGCAGUUGUCAUGUUCGGCGCUGCGAAAAAUCAAGACGAUUUGACACACAAACUCGCUGAUAUUAUCAAAGCGAACAACGAAUUGAAGAAAAAUGAGUCUUCAGGGGCAGCAGCUCACGUAAUUGCUGAAAAUAUAAAAAUGUUACAAUUUCAUGUGGCGACUUUUACCGAUAAUGACAUGCCUGGAUUGCCUCGAGCCAUGCAAAAAUCCGGAAAACCCUUAAAAGCUGUAAAAGCUCGUUUGAAGGGCAAAGAAGGUCGUAUUCGAGGCAACUUGAUGGGAAAACGUGUCGACUUUUCAGCUCGAACUGUCAUCACACCCGAUCCAAAUUUGCGAAUUGAUCAAGUUGGAGUCCCUCGAAGUGUUGCCCAAAACUUGACGUUCCCCGAACUCGUAACGCCCUUCAACAUUGAUCGCAUGCAGGAACUUGUUCGUCGUGGAAACUCUCAAUAUCCGGGCGCCAAAUACAUCAUUCGUGACAAUGGGGAACGUAUCGAUUUGCGUUUCCAUCCAAAACCGAGCGAUUUGCACUUGCAAUGUGGUUACAAAGUCGAGAGACAUUUGCGCGACGACGACUUGGUCAUUUUCAAUCGUCAACCAACACUGCACAAAAUGAGUAUGAUGGGUCAUCGUGUCAAAGUACUCCCUUGGUCGACAUUCCGGAUGAACUUGUCGUGCACUUCGCCCUACAACGCUGAUUUUGAUGGCGACGAAAUGAACUUGCAUGUGCCGCAAUCCAUGGAAACGAGAGCAGAAGUCGAAAAUAUUCACAUUACGCCGAGGCAAAUUAUCACGCCGCAAGCCAAUAAGCCUGUUAUGGGUAUUGUGCAAGAUACGUUGACAGCUGUAAGGAAAAUGACAAAACGUGAUGUGUUCAUUGAGAAAGAACAAAUGAUGAAUUUGCUGAUGUUCUUGCCGACUUGGGAUGGAAAAAUUCCGCAACCGUGUAUUUUGAAGCCGAAACCCUUGUGGACUGGCAAGCAAGUGUUCACGUUGAUUAUUCCGGGUAAUGUAAAUAUGAUAAGAACGCAUUCGACGCAUCCUGAUGAGGAAGAUGAUGGGCCUUAUAAGUGGAUUUCGCCGGGAGAUACCAAAGUUAUGGUCGAACAUGGUGAACUUGUCAUGGGAAUUUUGUGUAAAAAGACACUUGGUACCUCUGCUGGCUCAUUGCUUCACAUCGUCUUCCUCGAAUUGGGACACGAGAUCGCAGGUCGCUUCUACGGCAACAUCCAAACUGUCAUCAACACGUGGUUGCUGCUCGAGGGUCACAGCAUCGGUAUCGGCGACACAAUUGCCGAUCCCCAAACGUACCAAGAAAUCCAGCGCGCCAUCAAAAAAGCCAAAGAGGAUGUCAUCGGUGUCAUUCAAAAAGCUCACAACAUGGAACUCGAACCGACGCCCGGCAACACGUUGCGUCAAACGUUCGAAAAUCAAGUAAAUCGCAUCCUUAACGACGCUCGUGACAAAACCGGAGGCUCCGCCAAGAAAUCUCUCACGGAAUACAACAACUUAAAAGCUAUGGUCGUUGCUGGUUCAAAGGGUUCCAACAUCAACAUCUCUCAAGUUAUUGCUUGUGUGGGUCAACAAAACGUCGAAGGUAAGCGAAUCCCCUUCGGUUUCCGCAAACGAACGUUGCCGCACUUCAUCAAAGACGAUUACGGUCCCGAGUCACGUGGUUUCGUCGAAAAUUCCUAUCUUGCUGGCUUGACACCGACCGAAUUUUACUUUCACGCUAUGGGAGGUCGUGAAGGUUUGAUUGAUACUGCUGUCAAAACUGCCGAAACUGGAUACAUUCAACGUCGUUUGAUCAAAGCUAUGGAGUCUGUCAUGGUAAAUUACGACGGAACUGUCAGAAAUUCAGUGGGGCAACUCAUUCAGUUGCGUUACGGCGAAGACGGAUUGUGCGGCGAAGGCGUAGAGUUCCAAAGUAUGCCGACAAUCAAACUCAGCAAUAAGGCUUUUGAGAAAAGAUUCAAAUUUGACCCAUCUAACGAGAGAUAUUUACGUCGGGUGUUCAAUGAAGACGUUAUAAAAGAACUUACCGAGUCAAGUCAAGUAAUUCAAGAGCUGGAGAACGAAUGGGAGCAACUUUGUCGCGAUCGUGAAGCUUUGAGACAAAUUUUCCCGAAUGGCGAGAACAAAGUCGUCCUUCCCUGCAAUUUACAACGCAUGAUUUGGAAUGUACAGAAAAUUUUCCACAUCAAUAAACGAGGCGCCACAGAUUUGAACCCUCUCAAGGUCAUCCAAGGUGUCAAAGAUUUGCUCUCCAAAUGUGUAAUUGUCGCUGGAAGCGAUCGUUUAAGCAAACAAGCGAACGAAAACGCUACUUUGCUCUUCCAAUGUCUCGUCAGAUCGACUUUAUGCACAAAAUAUGUCGCCGAAGAGUUCCGCUUGAACAACGAAGCCUUCGAAUGGUUGAUCGGUGAGAUCGAGACACGUUUCCAACAAGCUCAAGCCAACCCUGGGGAGAUGGUAGGCGCUUUGGCAGCCCAAAGUUUGGGUGAACCCGCUACUCAGAUGACACUGAACACUUUCCAUUUCGCCGGUGUCUCCUCGAAGAACGUAACGCUCGGUGUGCCGCGUCUAAAGGAAAUUAUCAACAUCUCAAAGAAGCCAAAAGCUCCCUCCCUAACGGUAUUUUUAACCGGAGGAGCUGCUCGUGACGCCGAAAAAGCUAAAAACGUCUUGUGUCGUCUUGAACACACAACGUUGCGAAAAGUCACAGCAAAUACGGCAAUUUAUUACGACCCCGAUCCACAACGUACCGUAAUUGCCGAAGAUCAGGAAUUCGUAAACGUUUAUUAUGAAAUGCCAGAUUUCGAUCCGACACGAAUUUCGCCGUGGUUGCUGCGUAUUGAGCUGGAUCGCAAACGGAUGACCGAUAAAAAAUUGACGAUGGAACAAAUUGCGGAAAAAAUUAACGCUGGGUUCGGUGACGAUUUGAAUUGUAUUUUCAAUGAUGACAAUGCCGACAAACUUGUGUUGCGAAUUCGGAUCAUGAACAACGACGAUUCCAAAUUUCAGGACAAUGAAGAGGAAAAUGUCGAUAAAAUGGAGGAUGAUAUGUUCUUGCGGUGCAUUGAAGCGAAUAUGUUAUCAGAUAUGACAUUGCAAGGUAUUGAGGCGAUUGGCAAGGUAUACAUGCAUUUGCCACAAACGGACAGCAAGAAACGUAUUGUUAUCACGGAAACAGGCGAAUUUAAGGCUAUUGGUGAAUGGUUGCUCGAAACUGAUGGAACGUCGAUGAUGAAAGUCCUCAGUGAGCGUGACGUGGAUCCCGUACGUACUUUUAGUAACGAUAUUUGUGAAAUUUUCCAAGUACUUGGCAUUGAAGCUGUGCGAAAAUCUGUCGAAAAGGAAAUGAACGCUGUUUUGCAGUUCUACGGUUUGUACGUAAACUAUCGUCAUCUUGCCCUGUUGUGUGACGUAAUGACAGCAAAAGGACAUUUAAUGGCUAUUACGCGUCACGGCAUCAAUCGACAAGAUACGGGCGCCUUGAUGAGAUGCUCCUUCGAAGAAACAGUCGAUGUGUUGAUGGAUGCCGCUGCACAUGCCGAAGUCGAUCCAAUGCGUGGCGUUUCUGAGAACAUUAUUCUUGGGCAACUUCCGAAAAUGGGCACGGGAUGCUUCGAUUUGCUUCUUGACGCCGAAAAAUGUAAAAGUGGCAUGGAAAUUCCGCAUAGUUCAAUUAUGGGAGGCACAGGAAUGUUCUUUGGAAGUGCCGCAACGCCAAGUAUGAGUCCCGAAAUGACGCCAUGGGGACCUGCAAACACCCCUGGAUAUGGAGAAUGGUCUCCUGCGGGCACAGCAAGCGGUAUGACACCCGGCGGACCCGGUUUUUCGCCAAGUGCAGCGUCAGAUAUUUCGGGUAUGUCACCUUCGUGGUCCCCCGCACAUGGAUCUCCAUCAUCUCCGGGACCUUCAAUGUCUCCGUAUGCCUCGUCACCGAGUCAAUCUCCUUCUUAUUCGCCUUCAAGUCCCGGAUAUCAAGGAGCUUCACCAAGCGGAAGUGGCGUAUCGCCGAGUUAUUCACCAAGUAGCCCGCGUUACAGCCCAACAAGCCCGAUUUACAGUCCGACAAGCCCGCAUUAUAGCCCGACGUCGCCCGGAUAUCAACCACAAUCGUCGACAUACUCGCCAACGAGCCCGAGUUAUUCGCCGACAUCGCCGGCAUAUCCAUCGAUGCCCUAUAAUAGCUCAAGUCCCGCAUAUUCGCCGACAGCGCCGUUUAGCCCGUCGAGUCCUUAUUCACCGACAUCGCCUUCUUACAGUCCAACAUCGCCGGCAUACUCUCCAACGUCGCCUAGUUACUCGCCAACGUCACCGAGUUAUUCACCUUCGAGCCCGAGUUACAGCCCGACAAGCCCUUCGUACAGUCCUUCGUCGCCCUCAUAUACGCCGGGAACGCCGAGUUACAGUCCAACAUCCCCCAAUUACAGCCCUACAAGUCCCAAUUACAGCCCGACAUCGCCGAGUUACUCGCCGUCGUCCCCGAAAUACUCUCCAACGAGCCCGAGUUACAGUCCAACUUCUCCGUCAUUCGCUGGAGGAAGUCCUCAAUACACGCCAAACAGUCCUGCGUAUUCUCCAACUUCACCAAGUUAUUCGCCAACUUCUCCAAGUUACUCUCCAUCGAGUCCUACGCAUAUUAGUCCCGGAACUCAUCAAUAUUCUCCAUCGUCACCAAGUUACAGUCCAACGACUCAAACAAGUUACAGCCCGAAUAUGAGCUAUUCUCCGGGAUCACAGCGACAAUAUAGCCCGACAUCUCCGACGGAAUACUCUCCAAGCUCGCCAGCUUAUUCUCCGGCAACGACGAGAUAUUCUCCAACGAGUCCGAGUUACAGUCCUAGCAGCCCUGCGUAUGAAGAAAACGACAAUUAAGCAGCAUUUGAAUGAAUGGACCACAACAAUUUUUAUCAAUUAAGACUUUUAAGAUUUUUUCUUUUUGAUUUUGACAAAGAAAUUGUCAAAAAAAUGUAAAUUUUAAGAAAUUUCUUAUCAAUAUUAUCAAAUAUCUCUAUAAAAAGCACUAAAAAAUAAUAAAAAUAAA